AUGGCGUGGCCCUACUGCCGCAAGCACUGCUCCUACUGCAGCUUCAACAAGUACGUGGUGCCGGCGGUGGACGAGGCGGCCGUGCGCGCCUGCCUGGUGCGCGAGGCCCGGACCCUGCUCCGCCUCGGCCAGGUGCAGAGCGUCACCUCCGUCUUCUUCGGCGGGGGCACACCCAGCCUGGCCAGCCCCCAAACCAUCGCCGCCGUGCUGGAGGCUGCCGCGGAGGCCGCCCACCUCCCUGCCGGAGCCGAGGUCACGCUGGAGGCCAACCCCAGCUCCGCCAGCCCCACGCGCCUCGCUGGCUUCAGGGCGGCCGGCGUCAACCGCCUCUCAGUCGGCGUGCAGUCGCUGGACGACGCCGAGCUGCGGCUGCUGGGCCGGGAGCACACGGCGGAUGAGGCGCGGGCGGCGGUGGAGGCGGUGCGGGGGCUCUUCCCCGGCCGCACCUCCAUCGACCUCCUCUUCGGGCUGCCGGGGCAGAGCCGGGAGGCCUGGGCCCGGUGUUUGGAGGCGGCGCUGGGGCUGUGCGACGACCACCUGGCCCUCUACCAGCUGACGCUGGAGCGGGGCACGGUGCUGGAGGCGCGGGUCCGGCGGGGGGCCCUGCCCACGCCCCCCCAGGACCUCCUGGCCGACAUGUACCACACCGCCCGGGCCAUGCUGGCGGCCGCUGGCUUCCGCCAGUACGAGGUCUCCAAUUUUGCAAGGAAGGGCGCCCUCAGCACCCACAACCUCUCCUACUGGCGGGCUGAGCAGUACAUCGGCGUGGGGCCGGGAGCGCACGGGAGGUUUGUGCCGUGGGGUGAGGGCAGCUGCCAGCGGGAGGCCCGUGUCCAGACGCCGGAUCCCGACACCUGGAUGAAGGAGGUGCAGAGCCAUGGGCACGGCACCCGGAGGCGGGCGGCGCUGAGCCCCUUGGAGCAGCUGGAGGAGCUGCUCGCCCUGGGGCUGCGCACGGACGAGGGCGUCACGCAGCAGCGCUGGGGGCGCUUCUCCCCUCAGCUGCCCCUGCGGGCUGUGUUCGGGGUGCCAGGGGAGGCGAUGGCGCUGCAGCAGCAGGGCUGGCUGCUCCUGGACGGCCGCUGCAGCGCUGCUGGGCGCGCACGGCCGGCACCGGGGGACGAGGCACAGGGGCUGCUGGAGGACAAGGCAUGGAGGCUGCGGGGGGACAAGGCACAGAGGCUCAUGGAGGACAAGGCCCAGAGACUGCUGGAGGACAAGGCACAGAGGCUCAUGGAGGACAAGGCACGGAGGCUGGCAGGGGACAAGGCCCUUAGGCUCACGGAGGACAAAGCCCAGAGGCUUGGGGACAAAGCCUGGAGCCAACUGAGGGACAAAGCCCAGAGGCUGUCGGGGCACAAGACCCGGAGGCUCCUGGAGGCCGAGGCCCCCGGAGGCCCAGGCCCGGUGCCCGCC